UUCUUGAACUUUGCGGAAGUUUGUGUUUUGCUUCCAACUGGCUGUUCUGUUUUGGUGGUUUUAUUAAGAUAACAGAACCAACCUGAUUAUUACUUUUUUACUAUAUUUGUUGAUCCCAUGGAUCUUAAUCAGGAUGCAAUACAGAAGAUUCUGUCAAGGUAUAAGUUUCGUGAUGUUGCCGUUGAGGAGCUGCAGAAAGUUCACAGGAUUUACCCUGAGAUUAAACCAGUAGCUGACACAUAUACUUUCAGUGACGGCACACAAACAGAUCUGAUCAAGUUGAUUGGCAACAUUCCAGUGAAAUAUGAAGGCCGUUCGUACAACCUGCCCAUUCUGCUGUGGCUGUUGUACUCCUUUCCCUUCACCCCUCCUAUCUGCUUGCUAUGGCCCACCCCAAGUAUGGUCAUCAGGGAGGGAAAGCACGUUGACGUCAAGGGCCGCAUUUACCUUCCCGGCCUCAGUAACUGGGACUACCCCAAGUCAUCUGUAGUAGGUCUCCUGGCUGAGAUGAUCUCCAAGUUUGAGGAGGAGCCUCCGCUGAGUACCAAGCCCACAGAAUACAACAAAGACCCCAAUGAGCUGUUGGCCUUUGUUUCCAAACUGAAGAUCAAUGAAGGUGGUGUAAAGCAUCACAAUCAACCAAUCAAGAAAGUCACAGUCAUUGGUGGGGGAGACUUAGGAAUGGCAUCUGUGAUGAGCAUAUUGGCAAAGGGUACAGUGGAUAAGCUAGUCUUCAUUGACGUAACAGAAAGUUCCACCAAAGGUGGUACCAUGGAUCUGGACAUUUUCAGCUUACCAAAGGUGGAGGUAUCUAAAGACCUGUCGUCAUCUGCGGACUCCAGAGUGAUUGUGGUGACAGCAAAUUCGUGGAAUGAAGAACAGUCGUACGCCAGCGUGGUCCAGACCAAUGUGGAUAUGUACCGCUGCAUUAUCCCAGUUCUGGCUCGCCUUAGCCCCAAAGCUGUGCUGCUCAUCGCCUCACAGCCAGUGGACAUCAUGACACAUGUUGCUUGGCGACAGAGUGGCCUGCCGCCCACCCAGGUGAUUGGGGCAGGAUGUAACCUGGACUCUGAGCGCCUCUCUCAUGUCCUGGACAUCAGACUGAACACUCACAAACAGGCCUGGGUCAUCGGGGAACUCUCAGACAACAAGGUCCCUGUGUUGAGUAACAUUCUGAUGCCAAGGGCUAACCGUCAACAGCCUGAGAUUGCUCCCCGAUCCAAAUUCACUAAACCUCUGUUGGACAGGGCAUUUGUGAUGCUUAAGGGCCACAGCCAACGCUCCUGGUCCGUGGGUCUGUCCAUCGCCGACAUCAGCCACAGUAUCCUAGUGGACCAGAAUAAGGCUCACUCUGUCUCCACGCUGGCGCAGGGCUGGGGUGGUAUCAGUGCAGAAGUGUUUCUCAGCAUACCCUGUAUCCUGGGGGCAUCGGGGUCAACUCGUCUAGCAGGAGUGUCCCUGGGAGAAGAGGAGGAAGCCAAAUUGAAAGAGAGCAUCACGUCACUCUGUGCCCUCCUCGCACAGCUCAGGAUAUGAUGCCCCGGCUCGGCUCAGUCAGCACAUUCAAUCAGAUGUUAACUUGUCCACCUGCCUGACAUGCUAUCAGCUUAAAACUGCUCAGCAUAGACUAUUGGACUGGAAUUGGACCUGGAAGGCGAUAGGGUGGGUAGAUUCUUUCACCAGCCCAAAUAAUUGGGUUUGGCUAAUCUACUAAUGAAUUAGUGCUGAUUUGUAACCAAAGCCUGCACACACUUUAAAAGAAGGAAAGGGUAAAGCCCAAGUGAUUGUGGAAUUGGAGAAUGCCCUGACAUAUCACUGUAAAUAUAUAUAUUUUUCCAAGAUAACUUCUAAUGUCUCAUGGCAUAAGGUACUGUUAGGGUGAUUAUGAUGGAAGAUAGAACUAUGCAAAAUAAUUUGUGGUAUUGUUAUUACAUUCACUGAGAUUCAAAACUAUUUGGGCAGAGAGAACAUUUAUAUGGCAUUUGCUCUACCCCCACACUUUGGAUUUGAAAUGAAUCAAUGACUGGAUUGUCAGUUAUUAUGGAUGCAUCCACAAUUAUGUAGACAUUUUACAAAAUCCUUUUGUCAAAAUUAAAGUGACUCCCAAAUGAUAAAAUACAUUAUUUAUAAUUUAUUUGUAAUAGGCACAAAAUCUGAAACAAACUGACUGCAAGUUUACAUUAACAACCUGUGGUAAAAAAAACAAACAGAUCCCAUGUACUGGACAUUUUUAAUGUACAAAAGUGCAAUAGUUUCUAAAUAUUUUGCCAAUUAUGAAAGACUAUGCCUAACAUUCAUAGCAUAGCUGACAGUCUUCAUUUCAUAUCCAAAAUACCUGUAUUUAGAAAAAAACACUUCAAACAUGCUUUUACCUCACUCUUUUAUAUCAUAUGUUUAUUUAAAUUACUUUAAAGCACUCCAAAGACUAUUUAUGAAUGUGUAUAAAGCCUGGCUUUAUUUGAAAGAUGUAAAUAAUGUCAACAUCUACUCUAAAUCAAUUUCUAUUUACAAUUAUGAUUGCUAUGACAUUCUUAUGUAAAUGUACACAUUCAUCUUUGCAUUUCACAUCCCCAAACCUAAGUAAAAGGUGUUUAAACAUGUGGUGGUGGGAUGAAGCGGUGUUUUUCAGUCACCCAAUGGGACAAACACCCUGAAGCAGAAAUACAAACUGGACUUAUCUGUUAUGAAACAUUUCUUUUCAUGUCCUUUUGAAAAAGUGUUUCCAUUUUGUGCUGAAAUUAACAUAACCUGGGUCUAAUAACAGUACUGCACUGCGGUUUUAUGCAGUUUUGCACACUAUAUGGGUUAAGUGCCUUCUAUAUUUAAUGCUAUAUACAUAUACCUAUAAGAAACUCAUUUCAUUAUGAGCUAAAGUACCUACUACGUGUGUUUGAGUUGGAUUCCUGUUAUUGUUUAAGCAAAGAUUGUAAAAAAAAUUUGCUUUUCUGAUCAGCGCUGACAAAACAUAUUGUUGUUCAAUGUACCAACUUGUUAGUUGAUAUUCCAUGCAGUCACAUUUGCAUUCUUUUGUAAUGUUACUCAAGUUACUUCAAACAAAAUCAACUCAGAUUUUAUGUAUACUAUGUUGUAUCUACCUGAGACAAUGCUGGAAUGAGAGAUUAGACUGCAUCCUGACCAUAAUGUCUGGUUCACACACACUGAAUUAUAGGAAAAUAAUAUUUACCAGUGGAAAAUGUCACUUGAAGGACCCGCCAAAGCAGAAUUACAAAUGGCAAGUUUGUGUUUCUCCACUGACCUUUUGCAUUUUCAGUUUUUGACAAUUACCACCCUGUCAAUGUGCAUAAUGUUGGUAAUCUGACUAUAUGCUAGCUACGUGUAUUAGCAAUGUCAAAGGCAAAAGAUGUAUUGGAGAAUUCUUACAUUUUUAAAAGUACUUAUACAUAACCAUGUCGGAAUUACCACUUUGCAAGUGAAGCUACCCCGAGUACACACUUAACUGCAGGAGAUAAAUGGUUGUUAAAUAUUAGUGAUUUGUAUGUUUAUUAAUUGUGUAUGGAUUAAAUAUACCCGGAUGCUAUUUUGAUUUUA